AUUUGAACAAUUUACAGUGUUUUCAAGUCGGUGCAGCACGUUGUGUUCUUGUCACAGGCUUACUUGAUAAAAUGGUGGUUGAUGCUGGAUUGAACGAUUCAAGCGAUGAUGCACCUUAUGGUGGAAAAAGUGCCUUUUCCCAGACGGAGCACAACAUAGUGGCUGGAUACCUAAUUACUGCAGGUGUCAUCAGUCUACUGAGCAACAUUGUGGUUCUUCUCAUGUUUGUCAAGUUCAAGGAGCUCCGCACUGCCACCAAUUUCAUCAUCAUCAACCUGGCUUUUACUGACAUCGGAGUGGCUGGGAUUGGUUACCCCAUGUCCGCAGCCUCGGACAUCCAUGGGAGCUGGAAGUUUGGGUACACUGGUUGCCAGAUUUAUGCAGCUCUCAACAUCUUCUUUGGCAUGGCUAGCAUUGGCCUACUGACCGUGGUGGCCAUAGACCGCUAUCUCACCAUUUGCCGACCUGACAUAGGGCAGAAAAUGACUGCGCGGUCAUACAAUCUCCUUACUCUGGCAGCGUGGCUGAAUGCCUUGUUCUGGUCCACCAUGCCGGUGGUAGGCUGGGCCAGCUAUGCCCCAGACCCCACUGGAGCUACAUGCACCAUUAACUGGCGGCAGAAUGAUAUAUCCUUCAUUUCAUACACCAUGACAGUGAUUGCUGUAAACUUUGCCAUCCCGUUGUCUGUCAUGUUUUACUGCUACUACAAUGUGUCCGUCACCGUAAACAGACACAAAGCAAGCAACUCCCUGGAUCACGUUAACGUUGACUGGUCCGAUCAGAUGGAUGUGACAAAGAUGUCUAUUGUGAUGAUUGUGAUGUUCCUUGUGGCUUGGUCUCCAUACUCUCUGGUGUGUCUCUGGGCAUCUUUUGGGGACCCGCGGUCCAUUCCUGCAGCGAUGGCCAUCAUCGCCCCUCUCUUUGCCAAGUCCUCCACCUUCUACAACCCCUGCAUUUAUGUCAUCGCCAAUAAAAAAUUCCGCAGAGCCAUCACAGGGAUGAUCCGCUGUCAAACCAGGCAACAAAUCACUAUCAACACCCAGGUUGCCAUGACAACUUCUCAACAACCUCUGACCCAGUAAAAUGCCCAACUCAGAG